AUGACUUCUUUUCGGCCAAUAAAAAUGCUCCAUCUUGCAAAUAACGGCUGGGCAUGUCAUUAUUCUCGACACGUAAUGGGAGCGGCAAGUUCGUCGCCCUCCGCGGCUACUGGCUCGGCAGCAGUGAAACAGAUCUUCGCAUCUGCACAGGAGAAGGCUGCCUUCGAGAAGAUUGUGGGUGAGACGCCCGUUCCACGCGAGGAUGCGGCGUAUCACACGGUGCUAGCGACACCAAAGCCGCUGCCUCAAUUGACACAGGCACAAGUGGAGCUCCUAACACACGAGUAUGGCGAGACGCUAGCCCAGAACAGUCUCCAAUCUGGAAAUUUCCGCGUGCUGCUGCGCUACGUGAUUCACGCGCUGUCGUUCAGCUGCAGAGUGGCGAAGAUGACGGAAAGUGAGCUGGCAGCUUAUGCACCAGGUGCAGCGGGACCAGACCCCGUGGACGGGAAACCGCAGACAGUUGACACACACUUGCACAGAGCUGCGAAUGCGCUGUUCUUGGUUCGACAGUUCGCAAUGAGGUUUGUAGAGAGAACAGACGAGUGCUCGUUGCUGGCUCACUUCAACCAUCAACCAACGGCUGAGUCUACUGGAGCUCAGAGCAACGCUGCUGCUACAACAAGACAUAGUUUGUCGAUUCAAAUGGAAGACGAAAAUGCUGACAAGAGAAACGUUAACGGAUUAUCACCGGAGGACUCGUCGGAUGAGCUCGCUGCUCGCUUUCUAGAUGCUCUGCUCACGGCUCUCAUUGAAUACCCUCCAAAUAAUAAGACCUACGAUCUACACGUGGAAGUCGUGAACACACUAUUGGUGCUUUUGUCGCCUGUGGUGUACCCGCGGGAUCAUUCCAAGCAAGCCGGCGAUCUACGUGCACAUAAUCCGUUCCUUUACAUGCUGAUGGCGUCUGCUCUGCCGGAUGGCAAGAAAUCGUACUGGGCAUCCGGUGUGGUUCGUCGCUUGCUGCAGAAUAGCAUCGAGCAGAUCCAAGCUACCGGAUCAAGCUCUGCUUCGAAUACUGCAGUGAUUACUCUGCGAAAAGCUCGCGAGAUGUCACUCAUCGCCAUGUCUGGGACUUCCGACCAGGCGUAUGAACAGGAACAAUUCUCUUAUUUUACGCUGGAAGGCGUUGGCUCCAUUGCAGCGUCAAUUUUCCGGUUCCCGUGGAGUUUUAUCCGGUAUUUUACCACCCGCGAGGAUACUGCAAGCCCUCUUGCCGACCGUAGUAUACUGCUACUAUUGGUUUUGCUUCAGAGUUGCCGAGAUAGCGACUCGCCAGUAACCAGUAAUCCAUUUCGAGGAGCUCUUUGUGGUAUCACGGAUGGCGCUGACACUGACAGCCACGACGCAGAGAUUGAAGACCCCAGAGCUCACUUGAUACAACAAAGUGGAGCCACCUCCAGUGCUGAGAAAUUGGAGCUACUGUACUCGAAUCUGUUCGAAGUCUGUGGCCGUCACGCACCUUACGAAGCCAGCCAUCUUAUGCUGUAUACACUGCUGUAUUCCAACCCAAUGAUGCUCGACACUGCAGUGAGUGACGUUGACAUGGAGCGUCUGUUGCUGCCCUUAUUGGAGACGUUGUAUCACUCACGGUCUGUGGAACCGAAUCGACUGUACAUGCUGGUGAUCGUAUUGCUGACGUUCACUCAAGACCCAUCGUUUGUCCGCACUGCACAUACCCAGUUAGUAGUCCCCAACGUGCCGUGGUAUCAAGAACACUAUAUGCUGGAUGUCUCGCUGGGUAGUCUGAUGAUGGUUAUCUUCACUCGCCUCAUCUUCCGCAACAUUACGCACUUCCAGGAUAGUUUUAUCCACCUCAACGCGUUUGCAGCGCUGUCCAACCUCGCACGCUCGGCUGAGAAUCUCCACAUGUACGCUGCUCAAGGGAUCGUGGGGCUGAUUGACAUGUUGGCCAAGAACGAAGCGAAGCUGGUGGCACAGAUGCACCGCUUAAAACCCACAGACAAGGACGAGAGCGAAGUGUUGGCACAGAAACAAUCGGCGUAUGUUGAGUUUAUCCGACUGCUGCUGGGUGUGAUCUCGUCCUGCUUGAAGGCGAAGCAGUUGCCGCGUAAUCCGCAACUUAUUUAUUCCCUGCUGCAUCGCGCUGACACGUUUGCAGCACUGCAGCAGCACUCGGAGUUCGCUGCUCAUGUGCAUAAUGGUCCAGUGUGGAGCACGUUGGCGCGUUUCCAGGCAGUUGUGGAUGCCAAGACCUCGCCAGACGACGUGCUGGACACUGACAUGGUGCUGGAUAUUAUCCGAGGUGAAUGCGUCAGCCUCCUGGCGGCUUCCAGUGCUGGAUCGCGGACAGGAGGCGCCUUAAAGCAUCAUACCUCGGUAGACGACGACGAUGCCAGCUAUCGAUACGAAGAGGAGGCUGAUCCAGAGCAGUUCUUCGUGCCGUACAUUUGGAAACUUAUUCAAGAGCAGACGCCAGAUUUCUGCUGGAAAGUUGACAAGAUCACACUCUUCGUACCCACAGGGGUUACGACUGUCACGACAGGCUAA